UGUUGUUGUCUCAAUCCGAUCGGGACAGAGGACAGUGCACACUACCUUGAAAGGCUAUCUACAAAAUACAAUCUCAGUUAAACCGCGUACUCUGAGAAAACAUUUAAACCUGAUUCAGUAUAUGGACUUAAAUUUCAACAUCAUAUGAUACAAUUUAAGAGAAUAACAAGGAUAAAAAAAUAAGAUGCGUCCUCUUGAUUGAGUGGAUCUAAAGUUGCCAGACGCGAAGGCACUCAUGUUAACACCUACCAGGUUGAUAGCUAGUUAGCUUACUUUAGAUAGCUUAUUCUUAAAAAUAGCUGUCGAACGCUUAACUUUUUUAGUAACUAACUUGUAGUAUAUUACAGUUGUAGAAAAUAUGAAGAAAAAAAAUACAGAUAAGAGACGGCACGUUGUUGCAUGGAUCAACAAGGCAGAGUGGGACCAAGUUCUUGAGUACCUGUAUUCAAAGGAUUGUGUUCUGCAAAAAUAUGCUCUACACAGAAUAUCUGCAUGGAAGGGCAGGUAUGCCCAUACGACUCCAAUUGCGGUUGAGAACACAGCAGACCUUGUACGGUGUCAAAUACUUGACAACUCUGGGAAGCUGGAAGCGGACGAUCUUGUUCUGUUGUAUGGCACUGCGCUCGUAAGGUUUGUCAAUACAAUGACAGAACGGCUGCAGAAGAAGGUUGCCCAACCUUUGAGAAGGUUAGCGAGCCAGUUAAAGAUUCCGGAGUGGAUCGUUAACCUCAGGCAUGAGAUAACCCACCGUAGGCUCCCAACCUUGAAAUGGUGUCGUAAGGGUUGUCAGGUUGUGCUGGAGUGGCUUCAGCAAGAGUACUGGUCCAGGCAGCUGGGCGGCGGCCUUAACAACGACUGGGACUCAGCCUCCGACGGCGAAGAGGGGGAGGAGCUACAGAAGCAGGAAAAUGAGCUCAUCGGCAGACAGAAAGAAAUGGAAACUUACAGGACGACACGGGAACUUUUGAUAUCGUAUGAAAAAGAGCAGUUUCAGACAUUUGAAGAGUUGACAGGGGGAGACAAACAGAAGAUGGUGUGGCCAGCCCCCUCUGCAGACAUGAGCUGGAUCCUCGCUCAAAUCAAGCACUUCACCCUCGAGUCUAGUGAAACACUUAUAGACGUGCUGUUGGAAGAUGGGUUUCUGGUUCCAACUGUUGAACAGCUGGAGUCCCUAGGUGUUGAUGUGUCAGAUAAUGCCGACGCCACUGCCCCUUGCCUUCCUCGGGUGUUCCUGCGCUUCUGGCUGCCCCUGCUGAGGUUGCUGACCUCCCCGCUCCUCGUCCACCUGCUCCUAGAGAAGCUGUUCCUGGAGCUGAAGCAGCAGUCUGGAGAGAGCAACUCGCACAGCUGCUACUACCUAGCUGCCUGGAUCUCAGAGCUCCUCCUCUGCAACAUCACAAGAAGUGAAUACCAUUACGAAACUAAGAUUGAGAAAAAGGCCAGAAUAAGGGACAGGAUUUUCACGAACAGAAUCCAUCUGAAAUGUCAGCAGCUUCUGUCAGCAUGCCUGGACACUCCCUGCCUGGCCUCACCUCACCUCCUCAAACAGAUCCUAGAGGACAUGGAUCAUCCGUUGCCUGUGGACACGCAGCAGAAGCUGCUUAGACUGUGCUCCAUCUACACACAGGAGCCCCCCUCUGAGAGCCCGCCCUCCCAGGAGCUCUCAGGACAGACCGUCUACACCCUGGAGAGCCUUCACGAGAGGCUGAGCUGCUCCAAGCGCCCGGCCUCCGGCCAGCGUCCCAAGGCAGGGUGUGCCACCCCGGGGGCCCUACCGGGGAGGACGGAGGCCGGGCAGGAGCAGCUGGGCGCUGACGUCCUGGCUGAGAGAGCCAGGGAGCUACGAGGCUCGCCCUGGCAGGUGUGCACAGACAAGGUCCAGUGGAGGAGCUUCCCUCUGGGGAAAGUUCCAGGCCAAUCAGAGGAUCCCUCCUUCCUCAUGGUAGAGAACUACUCCACCAUGACCGUGUUCGACCAGCAGGGGGAGAAAGAGAGUGCCUCACAUCACAACGUGCAUAUGGGGCUCCCUCCGCCUCUCAGAGCCAACGACGGAUCUCUCUGGACACACGGUGACGUCAGCAAGUUAAAAGCUGGACUGCAACUGUUUUAAACCCACCUGCCAUGUUUGGUCAGAUCAGAGCCUUCGGCGUUGGGUCGUCUUUGCCAUUGUAAAGCCGUUUGACCAAGAAUUCCUUUUUGUUAAGGCUCUGUGACAUACAUCAUUCUUCUUAAUAAAUGUAGAAUAUCACUUA